AUGAAGUUGAACAUCUCUUACCCUGCCAAUGGCAGCCAGAAGCUCAUCGACAUUGAGGAUGAGCGUAAGCUCGCCGUCUUCAUGGAGAAGCGCAUGGGCGCUGAGGUCCCCGGUGACUCUGUCGGCGACGAGUUCAAGGGCUACAUCUUCCGCAUCACUGGUGGAAACGACAAGCAGGGUUUCCCCAUGAAGCAGGGUGUCAUGCACCCCAGCCGUGUCCGCCUCCUGCUCUCCGACGGCCACUCCUGCUACCGCCCCCGCCGAACCGGUGAGCGCAAGAGAAAGUCUGUCCGCGGCUGCAUCGUCGCCAUGGACCUGUCCGUCCUCGCCCUCUCCAUCGUCAAGCAGGGUGAUGCCGACAUCCCCGGCCUGACCGACGUCGUCCAGCCCAAGCGCCUCGGACCCAAGCGCGCCACCAAGAUCCGCAAGUUCUUCAACCUCACCAAGGAUGACGAUGUCCGCAAGUACGUCAUUCGACGAGAGGUCCAGCCCAAGGGCGAGGGCAAGAAGCCUUACACCAAGGCUCCCAAGAUCCAGAGACUGGUCACCCCCCAGCGCCUGCAGCACAAGCGCCACCGUCUCGCUCUCAAGCGCCGCCAGGCCGAGAAGGUCAAGGACGAGGCCAACGAGUACGCCCAGGUCCUUGCCAAGCGUGUCGCCGAGGCCAAGGCCCACAAGGCCGAUGCCCGCAAGCGACGAGCAAGCUCCAUGCACAAAUAA